AACAAAGAAAUGAAAUAGAGUUGAUGAAAAGCUGCACACAAAGGCUGAUGAAUAGACAAGGCUCCUUGAAUUAACAUGAGCAGUGUCCGCAAGCGGUGCUUUUGACUGGAUGUACAGCAGAACCUUUGAAGCUUGGGAAUCGGGAAGCUUGAAAUGAAUUUGCUUGAUUGAUGGAGCCCUGUUGAACACAGAUAUCGAGCUGAAGCUGAUUCCAGGAUCCAGGGAGACCAAGAGAAGAGAGGCAAGCUCACCUUCUGAUUUGGCAGAUUCCAGAGUCCAAACGGAAUAGUGUUCCAGCAGUCCUGUGUGCCGAGUCUGAAAAAUGCCAGGGAUGAAGUCAAGUCGAAAAAGCGGUGGAGCUGCAAUCGUUCUCCUUCUGAUCCAUCUGGGUGCUGCACUAGAAGUGCCUCUUGAUCUGCCGCAGCCCCCUACAAUUACCCACCAGUCUCCAAAGGAUUACAUCAUAGACCCCAGGGAUAACAUCCUAAUCCAGUGCGAAGCCAAAGGGAAUCCAGCUCCCAGGUUUUCGUGGACUCGCAAUGGAACCCAUUUCAACAUUGACAAAGACCCUCGUGUGAUGAUGAAGCCCCACUCCGGGACUCUGUUGAUUGACAUUGUGGGCGGGGGGAAGGCAGAAGCUUACGAAGGAGAGUAUCAGUGUACGGCAAGAAAUGACCGUGGUACAGCUGUCUCCAACAAGAUUGUCAUCCGCCAGUCCAGAUCACCCAUGUGGGCCAAAGAGAAGAUCGAGCCGAAAGUGGUCCAAGAAGGAGCUUCACUGGUCCUCCACUGUGAUCCUCCAUCAGGCCUGCCACCACCCAUCAUCUUCUGGAUGGAUAACUCAAUGCAAAGGUUUACACAAGAUGCUCGGGUUUCACAGGGUCUUAACGGAGACCUGUAUUUUUCAAAUGUUCAGCCAGAGGACACCCGAGCGGACUAUAUCUGCUAUGCCAGAUUCAACCACACUCAGACUAUACAACAGAAGCAGCCAAUCUCUGUCAAGGUCAUGACACUGGGCACGAUCAAUGAGACUUAUGGAGUUUACCCCAAUGGCACUGAUCUAUAUGGUGACAGCCCUACAGGCGAGCGAAGGCCCACCAUCCUCACCCCCAGGGGUACAAGCAGCAGGAAGACUGUGCUGAGAGGACAAGUAUUGUACCUGGAAUGCAUUGCUGAAGGCCUGCCAACACCGGUAAUCCAUUGGACAAAAGAAGGGGGAGAACUACCCAGUGACAGAGCCUUUGAGAUUAAUUUUAAGAAGACCUUGAAAAUCAUUCACGUAUCGGAGGCAGAUGCAGGGAAAUACCGAUGCACUGCAAAGAAUUAUUUGGGAACCAGUUCACACGUUAUUGCAGUAACAGUCAAAGCCGCACCAUACUGGAUCAGUGAGCCAAAGAACCUGAUUCUGGCUCCUGGGGAAGAUGGGAGACUCAUCUGCAGGGCAAAUGGCAAUCCCAAGCCUGCCAUCCAAUGGCUGGUCAACGGAUUUCCCAUUGAAAAUGCCCCCAGUGACAUCAGCAGGAAAGUAAUGGAAGACACCAUCAGCUUCACCAAAGUCCACACCUCCUCCAGUGCCGUUUACCAGUGCAACGCUUCAAAUGAGCACGGAUACCUGAUGGCAAAUGCUUUUGUUAAUGUACUCGCUGAGUCACCCAGAAUGCUUUCUGAACCUGACCAAGUUUAUCAAGUAAUUGCCAACAAGCCUGCAUUCCUGGACUGUGAAUUUUUUGGAUCACCAAUACCUCAAAUUCAGUGGUUCAAGGAUGACCAAGGCAGUGUACUCCAUGGUGACUCGUACACUCUGCAUGAAAAUGGCACUCUGGAAAUUGCCUUUGCACAGAAGAAUGACAGUGGCACCUACACCUGUGUAGCAACCAAUUCUCGUGGUGUGGUCCAAAACCAAGCCAUUCUGCAGAUCAAAGAUCCAACGACCAUUAUCAAACAGCCACGUUAUCAGUCUGUGCAGACACUGGGCAAAGCUGUCUUCGAGUGCAAAGUGAAGCAUGACCCAACGCUCUCACCAACCAUUAUAUGGCUGAAAAAUAAUGAGGAACUGCCUGAUGACAACAGGCACCGGCCAUCGGGUGAGGUCUUGACCAUUCUUGAUGUAUCUGAAGAAGACCAGGGAUCCUAUACAUGUGUAGUGAACACCACGCUGGACACCAACUCUGCAACAGCUCACCUCACUGUCCUAGCCCGCCCCUCAACUCCAGCUAGUUCUCACGAUCGUCCCGAUCCACCAAUAGAUCUGGAAUUGACCAGUCCUCGAGACAGGAGUGUGCAGUUGUCAUGGAUACCAGGAGAGGAGCACAACAGUCCCAUUACAAAGUUUGUCAUUGAAUAUGAAGAGGAUCAGUUUGAACCCGGACUAUGGCGACACCUGACUGAUGUGGACGGGACACAAACCACUGCAGAACUGAAGCUCUCACCAUUUGUCAACUAUGCCUUUCGGGUCAUUGCUGUCAAUGAAAUCGGUAGAAGUGAGCCAAGUCUCCCAUCGGAGCGCUACUUUACACACCCAGCUGCUCCUGAUGAAAAUCCGUCAGGGGUUCGAGGGAUGGGGAAUGACCCCAAUAAUCUAGUGAUAACAUGGGAGCCUCUGGAAGGUGUCCAACACAAUGGACUAGGCCUGACUUAUAAAGUCAGCUGGAGACUGAAGGUUGGUGAUGAUGAGUGGACAUCAGUGAUGGUCGCCAAUGUUUCAAAGUACACUGUCUCGGGCACACCAGAAUUUUCUCCCUAUGAGCUGAAAGUGCAGGCGUUCAACAGGCUCGGAGCUGCUCCGGAGCCAGACAUUGUGAUCGGAUACUCUGGAGAAGACUUACCGAUGUUGGCUCCCAGCAACGUACGAGUCCAUGUUGUCAACAGCACACUGGCAAAGGUUCACUGGGAUCCAGUUCCACCAAAAUCUGUCCGCGGAUUCCUCAAGGGAUAUAAAAUCUAUUACUGGAAGCAAGGAAGCCUCCUUAAAAGGGGUAAACGGCACGAGGAGAUGAAGAUCCUGGCCUUUAGUGGAAAUAAGAGUCACGGCAUGUUGCCAGGGUUGGAGCCGUUCAGUGUUUAUAAGCUCAACGUUCGCGUCUUCAAUGGGAAAGGAGAUGGACCUCCCAGCCCCGAUGUGAUACUGAAAACUCCUGAGGGAGUGCCCAGUUCACCAGCAUACUUGAAGAUUACCAGCCCAAUGCUGGAUUCCCUGACUCUGCAGUGGGCCCCACCACUUCACCCAAAUGGCAUUCUCAAAGGAUACACACUCAAGUACCAGCGCAUUAACAGCACACAUGAACUUGGUCCUCUGGUGGAGAUCACGAUCCCUGUAGAAAAUGAGACCAGCUGGACUCUGAGGAACCUCAACUACAGCACCCGCUACAAGUUCUAUCUCAGCGCCUAUACCAGUGUGGGAGCCGGCAGUGAGUUAACAGAAGAGGCCAUUACAGUGAUGGAUGAAGUCAUGAUCCUCCGUCCAGUAAUUACGAACAUUACCUCAUCUUCAACCCAAGCAAAUAUCAGUUGGGAGUUUGACCGAAUGGAUGUACAAUUUUAUGUUGAAUAUAAGAUAGCUAACAGUAAAGAGCCUUGGGACAGAAUGCAGAUAAAUGCCUCGCAGACCACCUUUGCACUAAAGGGCUUGUUGCCGGGGACAGUUUACAGCGUGCAAGUGGUUGCCGAAAACCACGCUGGCCAGUUGCGGAGUAAGGACAAGCAGUUUAUGACCCGUCCACCAGCUAUGGCAAGCCGUCAGGUAGAUAUUGCCACCCAGGGUUGGUUCAUUGGUUUGAUGUGUGCCAUCGCCCUUCUGAUCCUGAUUCUGCUGAUUGUCUGCUUCAUCAAAAGGAAUAAAGGAGGCAAAUACCCAGUAAAGGAGAAGGAAGAUGCUCACGCAGAUCCUGAGAUUCAGCCCAUGAAGGAGGAUGAUGGAGCCUUCGGUGAAUACAGUGACACAGAGGACCAUAAGCCACUUAAGGGUAGCCGGACACCUUCCGACGGGACGGUUAAGAAGGGCGUCAGUGAUGACAGCUUGGUUGACUACGGUGAAGGUGGGGAAGGGCAGUUCAAUGAAGAUGGCUCUUUUAUUGGACAGUACAGCGGAAAGAAGGAAAAGGAAACGGUGGAGGGCAACGAGAGCUCUGAAGCCCCGUCCCCAGUCAACGCCAUGAACUCCUUUGUCUAACACAAGGGGAAGCUGUGGAAUCAUCCAACACCCCAUGCACCAAUAAAUCGUAGAGUUUAUCCAUUUACACUUUAUCUCCUGACUUGUCAUUACAUGCACGUUCAGAAAUAAAGGAAUGAUGGGAAGUUAGUGCCUAAUUAUUCAGAGCAUACAGAUGAACCAAAACAAAAGGAGGGAAAAUUUAACAUGAGUUUUCAGGACUGAAGCUGAAGAGAGAAGGGAUUGGGAAUUAUUGAACACUAAUCUGGAACAGACGUUCAUCUCCUGUGUGUAUAGCAUUCAACUUUGGCACAUCAUUUGUUGGAUUCCACUUCUUUAUGUCCUCUUGGUUUGCGCUAACAUAGUGCAUGAGAACAACGUUUAUCUCACUGCCACCUAAGAUAGAUGAGUGUAUGCUGUGAUGACAGUGGUCUGUAUAAUAUUUGUUUAUAAAGUGCACUGUGCAGUGACUGAAAAUGAACCUCGUUUUGUCGUCAGUGUUCGAUUGGUAUUCUAGGGCUCGCCAAGGUCGGUGGGACAUUGUUGUGAAGGUGGUAAUGACUUUUCUUUGAAUGUAUAACAACUGUUUGUGUCUUUUUUGCAAGACAGCAAAAAUAAAUGGGAGGGGGUUGAUUGUAUUGGAUCCCAGUGGAUUUAAAAUGGAAUGUUUUGGGAUGGUAACCGAGCCUCUUGUUUGUACCAUAAUGUUGUAGUUCCUAUUUUAUCAACUGAGAAAGCAAGAGGGAAUACUUUCUCCAAUUAUGAGAGAACUGCAAAGUUCUUAUAUCACCACACUGAUGGGCACAAUUCACACUCUAAUGAUAUGAGCACAUUAAACCUCUCAAAGCCUUACACACCUUUCUAUGUAAAUUAAACCUGGCCACUUUUAACACAAAAUACUCUAAUGCAAGGAUGCCACACACCACAAUUCAGUCUGGCAUUUACCUUCCAUUUCUACCUAUUACAGUUCGUUUCACUGCCUUCUAAGAUCCAAAUUGAAAGAAAAAAAAAUCAGUGUGGCCUUUUUUUAAACUAAAAGUAUUUUUUCUUUGUUCUAUCUAAAUCCUUUGUGGACAUUAGUUGUGAAAUAUGGGGAUUAAAUGAAUUGGGAUUACAAGCCCUUGGUUGCAAGAACGUUGUUUGUUUGCCAUUUUCUUUCCUUCAUAACUUGCAUCAAGUUUAAUUAAGCUGCUUUUUGUUGUAGAUAUUGUGUUGUAUUUUGUAAAUAUGCUUUAACUUGUCAAUACCACGGGCUUCAACAUUGCCCUAUUGCAGCUCGGUUUGCCUUGUGUAUGAAGUGAAAUGUUCUCAACUGAGUGCACAGGAUUUAGCGCUAGGGUUGUCAACCCUCCAGUGUUUUCCUUAAGUCUCCAGUGAUUAAAUACAAAUCCUACUGUAUUAACCUUCUGCAUAUUCAAUAAGGUGUGAUCACAUUGAAUUGUGGAAUAGGUACAAGCAGCUGAGCGGCCUACUCCUGCUUCUGCUACUUACGUGCAGUAGAUCAUUCUUUGCUACUUUCACCACCAUAACAUCAUCAUGUCACCACCAACACAUCUCUUUCAGCUUUACAAAGGGAUUAGUCCCUCCAAGACACUGUGGUCCACUCCUCAAUAACACUUCACACCACACUACCAAAAUAUGGCAUCUUUUCUUUUGGGUGAUGCAGCACUUAGCCUUUUGCAGUCAUUAUUUGCUCUCCGGGGCAACAGACACUCCUCCCAGCUGAAGCAGAGAUUCAUUUCUGCAUGGCCCACGGUGCAAACUCUGCAAUGUCAGGAAGAAUAAACUCAGUCUGGAUGACUGAUUCCUGUUGAGUCCACAAAAGCAACUCUAUCUUCUCAUCACCCAUUACUUUAUUUCCUUGACCCAUGACUGGUUCUAUUUCUAUUUCUCUCACCUGGACAUCCAAUACUAAACUUGAGGAUCAACAACUCAACUUCUACUUCAGCUCUUGCAUUUACUCAUUUUCAGACAAAACAACAAAUUUAAUCAUUUCAGAUAAUUGUGUUUUAUUGGCAAUUGCUGUCGAUGCAGCUUUUUCCAUUUCUAUUUGACCCAUUCCUAUCUUCUUGUCUUGUCACAUCUCCUCCCUUUCACAUCAUAGAUCUUUCCUUUUACAUUCCCAAAGCCACCGGCAAUUCCCACCCAUGUGGCUGUGUAAAACUUUGUUAUAACCAACUUUUUCCAUUUCCGAUGAAGGGUCAUCAACUUAAAAUAUCAGCUCUAUUGCUUUUUCCAGAAGUACAGACUGACCUGUUGAGUACCUCCAGAGUUUCCUCUUUGUAUUUAACCUCUUGGUUAGGAGCACCCAGGAGAAAAUCUUUGAGAUUCCACCACAAAUGCCCAUUUUGAUGAUUUAGUUUCCUUGUUAUAAAAAUAUGGGUGAAUAUGUCUGUGCUCUGUGUGGGUGGAGCAUUUGGGGUCUGAAGCCCAAGGGAAGAAAUCUCCAAAAAUCUAACUGUUUGUUUAAAAGUUUUAUUCUGUCGCUGUAUUUUUUUUUCUGCUGCUGAUUUGUAACACUGCAAAGUCACUGGUUGUGGAGUAUUCUGUUUUUGACUAACUGGGAUAUCUCACUUCCAAGAUUACAUUCUGCUUCUCUGAGAACUGCUUACAGUGUGGGAAAGGCUAAUUCUCAUUCCUUAUUCAAAAUAGUCGCCACUUGCAAAAUGCCUCUUUUAAAAACAAAUAAAUUGCUUUUGGAGCUAUUAUUUUGAAGCCCAGUUAACUGAUGGGACAGGAUGGGAGCCAGGAAACAGUCCGUGGGACAUCUUACUCUUGGCAGAUUCAAUGCAGUAAUGGGCGUCUCUUGUGAGACUUGGUAUCGAGGCUGGUGGAACAAAGUUAAUUUUGAGUGCUGGUGCUGGUGAUGUGGAUGUGAGAUUUCUCUUUGCAUGGGAAGGCAUGCAGUCAGAUGGGAAGGUAUCUGAUAUGCCUUGUUGCUCUGCAUCGCCAGUAAGUUUAUUGAUUUUGUAUUGGAAUAAAAGAAGCAAAUGGGAAAAUAAAUGUGCUCUAGACUUUCA